GAAUUUCCAAUUUUAAAUUUAUUUGUUACAAAUUGUUGCAAACCUUUUUUGAUUCUAUUUGGAAUAUUUCCCUAUCAACACAAUGAAUUAUUUCCUUACGUAAAAUUUAAAAACAUUAAAAUAGACAUUGGGUAAAUUCAACAACUGUAAUAUAUUAAUUAACAACAAUUUUCUCAGCAUUUUCGGUAAUAUGAAAAAAUAGGCAAACAAGACAUAUGGCUGACCACAAACUGUUGUUUAUCAUCAUUCAAACUAAACAUCAAGAAGUUCACAGUCGAUCAUAUUAUUAUCAACUUACAUAGUUCAACCCAGUGAUCCACUUAAUAAAUGUCUUUACAUAAUAAUAUCUACAGUAAUAAGUCAACACAAUUAAAUAAUUCAUCACAGUGUAAUAAUAGUCAUUCUGUUGGAUUGAGUCAAUACAAACCAUAUCUAAAUAUGAUUACAAACUACGAAUUUCAUAAUCGUUUUCCUCAAAGUCAAUCAAAAGAAGUUUUGAAACAAUAUUCUGGUGAAUUUGAAAGUUUGGGCGAUGAAACACGUUUCUAUCAAGGUUAUCAAUUGAGUAUGAGUGAUUUGAAAAAAGCUACAACCGCUUCCAAGCAAACAGCAGGUUGCUUAUUUACAAAUUUUGAAGAUGUUAGGUUAACUGAUGAAGAACGUGUUUAUUUGAAUGCAGCGGCGACAGGCGAUAUUGGCAUCAUUCGUAUGUCAUUAGAAGAUACUGAUGAGUCAACUGACUUCAAUGUAAAUUGUGUUGAUUAUAUGGGACGCAAUGCAUUACACCUUGCUGUUGAUUCAGAAAAUACUGAAGUAAUGGAAUUAUUAUUAGACAAAUUAAAUUUUGAAUGUAUCGAAGAAGCUUUAUUACAUGCUAUCAGUAAAGGACAUCCUAAACUAGUACGUGUUAUUAUUGAACAUCCAAAUUAUCAAGCUGGUGAAGAUCAAAUUAAACGAAUGGAUUCAAGAAAUGCAUUUUUUCGUACAACAGAAAAAAGUCAAUUUUCACCUGAUAUAACACCAUUAAUUCUAUCAGCUCAUUAUAAUAAUCAUGAGAUGGUACAAAUGUUUUUAUCACGUAAUCAUACAAUUGACAAACCACAUUCAAUAUCAUGUCAAUGUAAUGAUUGUCAAGUUAGACAAGAUUAUGAUUCAUUGAAACGUUCACGUUCUAGGCUAAAUGCUUACCGUGCCUUAGCAAGUCCAGCUUAUAUGGCAUUAAGCAGUCCUGAUCCAAUAAUGACAACAUUUCAACUACGUCAAGAAAUGAUGAAAUUAGCAGAAAUUGAAAAAGAAUUUAAGAAAGAGUAUCUUAUGCUUGUUGAGAAGUGUAUGAAUUUCGCAUGUGAAAUGAUGGAUCUUUGUCGGGGUACACAAGAAGUUGAAGCGGUUAUCUCAGAUUUCUUAGAAGAUGGAACAAAUAUCCGCGAUCCACUCGGUCGUCUACGACUUGCUAUACGCUUCGAGGAGAAAAAGAUUGCUCGUUCAAUGCGAUGUCCGGCAGCUAAAUUUGCAACUCAUGUUGUAUCCCAUUUUUUAUUUUUAAUAUUACUCGCUGCAGCAACAUUCCGUUUAGAAGAGAAUUAUGAUGCAUUAUUAGACGAACAAAUGCUUGGUACAGGGGAUGAAGAAACAAUACGACAAUGGGUACAAAAAAACUUUCGACCAUCUAAAGCAAUUAUAACACAUGUUCAAAUAUGUAUUGUAUUGUGGGUAGCCGGACUACUACUUGCUGAUAUUAAACAUAUCUACUUUGCAGGAUUCAGGUCUUAUAUAUGUAAUGCAUAUAAUUUACUAAAUUUUUGUAUAUUAUCCAUGUAUAUUGGUUCGUAUACAUUACGUAUAAUUGUUGACCGUUGGGUACGCGAAUCAGAUCUAUUCUUUAAUGCAACAACUCAAGUGAAUUUUUUAUUGCAAACAAAUAAUAGUAUAUUAGUACAUCAAAUGGUACAAAAUUGGACACAGUCAUGUCAUCAUGAUAAAAGUUAUUUUAUUACCGCGUCCCGAUUUCGUUGGAAAUAUGAUGAUCCUGAAAUUGUAUCUGAUGUUAUGUUUGCAGUAGCUAAUGUAGUUAGCUUUGCUCGUACCACGUAUUUGAUGCCAGCUUUUGAAGCACUAGGUCCAUUACAAAUUUCAUUUACCAGAAUGCUUACAGAUAUUACACGAUUUAUGGUUCUAUAUUUAUUGGUGUUGUUUGCAUUUAUGGUUGGUCUGCAUAACCUCUACUGGUAUUACGGUUUACAAACAUUUAAGACCUAUGAUGAAGUAACAAAUACUACACAGACGCUAGUUGCAACAGAAAUGUUCGAAGGACUUCGUCAUACACUGUACAGUUUAUUCUGGUCAAUGUUUAGUCAAGUCAGUAUUAGUAAAUUACCGAUUCGUAAACCAGAUCAAGCUGAACAUAAAUACACAGAUGGUAUGAUUGACACUGAUUCACCGACAACGAUUGUUGAUAGUGUCGGUAUGGUACUAUUUGCUGUGUAUCAUGGUAUUAUAAUCAUUGUAUUGGUCAACAUGUUAAUUGCUAUGAUGAGUCAUUCAUUUGAAAGUAUUCAGGAAGAUUGUGAUGUUGAAUGGAAAUUUGCAAGAACUCAAUUAUGGUUAAAUUAUAUUGAUAAUGGUAGUACAUUACCAGUACCAUUUAAUGUGAUACCAACUCCGCACAGUGUUGCAAACGCAAUAAAAUUUAUGCGUAAUAUUUUUACAGAUGAAGUUGGAUUUGUCAGUGGAAAUAUACGAAGUACAGAUUUUGUCAAAGUGAGAAGAGAUAAAGUUGUAAAAGACAAAGAUUUAACUAUUCAAGAAACAUCACAUUCAGAUAUUAUGCAACGACUUGUUAGACGUUAUUUAUUCAAAAUGGAAAGAGAAAAUGAUGAUAAAGAUGCUGAAGAAUUUCCACCAUCAGUAACGGCUGUUGGAGGUAGAACAACUUAUGAAAAUCCACAAAAUCCUUAUCAACUAAGUGUACAAAGUGGAGCCCCCACAAUUAAUACAAGUCAACCAAGUAGUAAACGUUUGAAAAAACAAACAUAUAGUGCAGGACGAAGAUGUUCAUCAUCUGUAGGUAAUAUGACAAUAGGUGGUGCAGGUUGUUUAUUAGGUGGGCUCAAUCUACAACUACCUCAGUUAGAUGCGAUACAACGUAUGCAAAGAAUACUGGAUAUGCGUUUACAAAAUCUUCAAGCUCAAUCAGACCAAUUAAAUUAUGCCUCCGGUAAUGCUCGUAUUAAAGAAGAAAUAUCUCAUGUUCGUCAAUUUAUGAGUGAAAGUCAAAAAGCGUUAUCAUGUAUUGUCAAGGCUGUAUCACAAAUGCAAGAUCAAGUGGUACAACUGAAUACUAACAUGGAACAAUGGAUAUUAGCUCAAGCUAGUGGACAUUAAAUUCGUACUGUUUUCAUGGGACAACGUAAAUCUAGUACAAAAUCACGUGACCGACAUCGUCGUGAUCGUAGAGAAAGAGACCGUGAAUGGGAAUCAUUCGUACGUGAAGCAUAAACCUAUAUAUAUAGUUUAAAUAAAACUAAAAAGACAAUUUCUCCCUUUUUUCAAACAAACACAAAAGUCCAUACAAACAAUUCAAUACAUAAAAUGUAUUAAUCAUUACUAUUCACUUUCUUCUCACUCCAAUUAAACUUACAAAUAUUUUACAAAACAAUAUUUACUUUAGUCGGUAAAAAUAUUCAAAAUUAUCAGCCAAGAAGCAUGACAAAAGUGGAUUUUUGGAAAUAUAAAAAAAGUAUAUGAGAGAUUCAGUGUAAAAUUUUAAUCUUGAUCUGUGAUCCCAUAAAGCAAAACAAUGAACAUGUUUAAAAAUUAACUUUUGCUUUAUUAGCAUGAAAAAUAAUUAAGUAAUUUAGUCAAACUUUUUUCAGGAUAAAUAUACUGAGGUAAUG